GAUAUACAUACAUAUAGGUAUAUAAAAGACAAUAAAAAUAUAUACAGAAAUAUUAACACAUCUCACAUACUUGGGUAUAUUCUUUUUUAAUAUAUCGCCAAAAAGUCUGUGAAUUCAAAAGGAGCAAAGUGCAAAAGCAAAUACAAAGAACGAAACAAGCAAAGGAAAACACAUCAACUCGCACGUACGUCAAAUAUAUGUAACCGUUAUUUUCAACGUGAUAUCACACAACAAAUUGAUCAUAAAGUCUGGUGGUGUCUCUCAGCUAAAGUAACGACAUAUUAAAAUACUCUCGCACUCGCAAUCUAUACAUUACGCUCUAUUAUCUAGAACAAAAUAACAACUACGAAACACACAAAAUGCUCUCCAUUCAGCAAUUGAUUAAAGCGCUAAGAAAGCUACAAAAUAAUACUGUAGCUGGUGGAGACUUGGUGAAGAGUAUAAAACAUGUGGCGGUGUGUGCGAAAAAUACCACCGAAACGAAUACAAUCAUACCAGUGGGAACAACAUUAAUGACGUCAGUACAUAAUAAUGAUGAUGAGGGAGAUAUGAAGACAGCCGAGACGUCAUCAAUGACUGGUAGUCAAUUGUCAGAGCAACAGCAACAAACAAAUAAUGCCAACAGCAGCAGUACUACUUAUACCAGUAACGACACUUCUAGUCAGCUGCCAUUGAAGCAGCAAACACAACAAAAUUUUCAUGCUAGUCACAACAAAUGUUUCAGUUUGUAUUCGCCUCUGAACGCUGACAGUUCGAAAAUUCAAUGCAAUACAGAAACGGUUGAAGCUACUACGCAGGAGUCAGUUUUUAAUAAAGCGACAGUGAAUAAUACUUCUACCAAAACUUCCCCUCUACAACAGUUAAAUCAUUUACAGUAUCAACAUCAUCAGACACCUCAUCAUCAUCACCACCAACAGCCACAACGUAGCCAACGCAUACAGAAUUUCUUUCAACAGCAAAUUUUUCAUCAAUUCCAUACACAACAUAAUCAAAAUUUAAAUACCAAACAAAAGCAAACACAAUUUGCCAUGUCUUCUUUAGCCGCAGAACCUUUGACCCUACAAAAAGAAGACGCUCGUAAUGGUAAGGAAGAUUGUCAAGAUAGUGCUCCCUCUUCAUCGUCCUCGUCUUCUGAAUCAUGUCCAGAUACUAAACAACAGAAUUCCUCAACGGGAAAACCCUGUUUCAAUACAGGUUUAGCUGAUAUUCUACAAUUUAUGGAGUUAAUUGGCAAUUUAAAGCAUACAAAACGUACUGGUUGGGUAUUGCGCAAUGUCAAUGAUUGUGAGUCCAUUUCUGGUCACAUGUAUCGUAUGAGCAUUUUAACAUUCUUAUUGGAUGGUUCGGAGGGUCUAAAUCAAAUCAGAUGCAUGGAAUUGGCUUUGGUUCAUGAUUUGGCUGAAAGUUUAGUUGGUGAUAUAACACCCUUCUGUGGUGUAUCGAAGGAGGAAAAGAAAAAUAUGGAAUUUAAGGCCAUGGAAGAUAUUUGCAAAUUGAUUGAACCUAGAGGCAAACGUAUGAUGGAAUUGUUUGAGGAAUACGAGCACGGAGAAAGUGCUGAAUCUAGAUUCGUCAAAGACUUAGAUCGUUUGGAUAUGGUUAUGCAAGCAUUUGAAUAUGAGAAAAGAGACGAUUGUCUACUCAAACAUCAAGAGUUCUUCGAUUCUACCGAAGGCAAAUUUAAGCAUCCAUUUGUUAAGAAAUUAGUCAAUGAAAUCUACGAACAACGUGAUAAAUUGGCUAAGGCUAAAGGAGCUGUGCCACCACCCAAAAUUGAGGUACCAAAUAUGGAUGCACCAACAACAAAUGGUCACUGUACUAAAACAGAGACUGCAGAAAAGACUAUUGAGACAACAAAAUCAAGUUGAUAAAAAGGAGGCCUUUAUUUUUAUAAACAAAAAAAGUAAAUACAACUAACAAA